AUGACAGUCGUAUACUUCGUAACUCGUCAAGAGUACCACGAAAUCAUCUCCAAGCUGAAGGAAACACUCUCGUUUGUGGCCCAUUCAGCCACCUGGUGCCCACCAUGCCGUGCGGUCGCCCCAUACUACGAGAAAUACUCCGAGAAUUAUCCCAAGGCCCGCUUCUACAAGAUCCAAGAAACUGACGAGGUGGAUGAAGAGAUAGAUGCAGUAAACAAAGAAGCCAAUAUAUACUCGUUCCCAACAUUCAUAGCCUUCAGAGGUGGCCAUGAACGGAGCCGUCUUCCCACCGGAAACCCACACUACCUUGAGGAAUUCAUCAAACGCAACUACCAGCAGUUUGCGUGA